UGCUCAUUUUUUUACUGCUAUCCGUUAGAGAGAGAGAGAGAGCUGCAGAAACCCUAGUUGUGGUUGUUUGAGAGCUUUAAUGGCGAUUUCCUGGCUGUCUGCUGCCAUUUCUAUAAUCUCUCCUGCUUAGAAAUGGUGGAAAUGCCGCCUCUUCUCCGCUUUUCGCUCUCUCCUCACAUGCAAAAUCUUCCUAUUUCUGCGGAGAACUGCUUUUCUUUUCCGUCAUAUCGUGGAAUGAUAUGAUUAUUCAAUUUCUCCGCAUUGGAUGCUGUUUUCGCAAGCAAAAACCGGUCAGAGAAGUCAUUUCUUUUUUCUGUUUAUGAGGAGAGUCAUUCCUACAAAGUAGAAGAAAACGCAUCUUUUUCUUUUCUUUUCUUUUCUUUCAAGCUUUUGGAAACCGCUCGGAAAUGCUGGUUUCGGUGUAUUUUUGCUUGAUUUUGUGUUCAAGAAGUUUCAAAACCGCUUCGGGAUUUGGAAUUCCUGUUUCGUUUUCUGCUCUUAGACGCUUAGAUCUCGGUUUUUGACGAAGGCUUGUGGUAAAGCACUCGAUCUUCGACGAAAAUCGAAGCACACUGCUUCGUCUUUGACUAGAUCUACAAAAGCAAGCCUGUUUUUGAGUUCUUACUGAAUCGCUUGGUUUCGACGAUCUGUAAAAGGUAAAAGGAAAAGGCAAAUUAAAGAAAUGCUCUUCUUUUGACUGAAACAGCCGAUUUAAAGCCUGCCAGCGCGAUCUUUGAGAGAAGUCUCUCUGGAACGGCUCGUCUUUUCAUGAAAAUGCCCCGAAAUCGGUAGUUUUUACCGCCUCUUCUUCGGUUUCGAUUCAAAAUCUCGUGGAUUGAGAGAGAGAGAGAGAGAGAGAGAGAGAGGGAACUCCGUCUCUGCCGCGGAUUUCAGUGAAAUGGAAGCUUCCUUCAUUUUCUCUGCGAUUUUUCUUCUCUUGUCACUUUCGUCGCGAUUGCUUGCCGAUCCGGUCGAAGACAAACAAGCUCUGCUCGAUUUCAUCGUCAAUCUCCCUCACGGCCGCAAUCUCAACUGGAACGAGAACUCCCUUGUCUGCCAUAACUGGACCGGAGUCACCUGCAGCCCUGAUAACUCGCGCGUGGUAGCCGUCCGUUUGCCUGGUGUUGGAUUAAAUGGCAGGAUCCCUCCUAACACUCUCGGCCGUUUAUCGGCGCUCCAAAUCCUGAGCCUUAGAUCCAACGGCCUGACUGGCCCUUUCCCUUCAGAUUUAAGCAGAAUCAAAACCCUGACUCUGCUCUACCUUCAGUUCAACAACUUCUCUGGCCCCCUGCCUCUGGAUUUCUCUGUUUGGAAGAAUCUAACCAUCGUCAAUCUCUCCUUCAACUCCUUCAAUGGAAGCAUCCCUUCGUCGAUCUCGAAUCUCACAAUGCUCACUUCUUUAAGCUUCGCAAACAACUUGCUUUCGGGUGAAAUCCCUGAUUUCAAUCUCCCGAAUUUGCAGCAGUUGGAUUUAGCUAAUAACAGUCUCACUGGCAGCGUGCCGAAGUCUCUCAAGAGGUUCCCUAAUUCGUCAUUUGCUGGUAACAACAAUCUUUCCUUAGUAAUUCCUCCAGUUUCACUUUCACCCACAAAUCCUCCUGUUUCCACACCAUUGCCAAGCCCGAGAAAAACUAGAAAACUUGGGGAAUCGGCAAUACUGGGAAUUAUAGUAGGUGGUUGCGCUGUUGCAUUUCUUGCAUGUGCGGUUUUGCUGAUUGUAUGUUGCUCCAAGAGGAAAUAUGAAAAAGGGGCCUCCGGCAAGUUGCGUAAGGGUGAGAGAUCACCAGAGAAGGUGGUAGCAAGUAGCCAAGAUGAAAAUAAUAGGCUGGUUUUCUUUGAAGGGUGUAGUUAUGCAUUUGAUUUAGAGGAUUUGUUGAGGGCUUCUGCCGAGGUGCUCGGGAAGGGGACGUUUGGGACAGCAUAUAAGGCAGUCUUGGAAGAUGCUACCACAGUGGUGGUGAAGAGGUUGAAGGAGGUGGGUGUUGGAAAGAGGGAGUUUGAGCAGCAGAUGGAAAUUGUGGGGAGAAUUCGGCAUGAGAAUGUUGUUGAGCUAAGGGCGUAUUACUAUUCAAAGGAUGAGAAGCUCAUGGUCUAUGAUUACUACACCCUUGGGAGUGUCUCCUCACUAUUACACGGUAAAAGACGUGAGGACAGGAUCCCACUAGACUGGGACACCCGCCUGAGAAUUGCUCUAGGGACAGCGAGGGGUGUCGCCUACAUCCAUGCAGAGAACUCGGGAAAGCUUGUCCAUGGGAACAUAAAAUCCUCAAACAUCUUCCUCAACUCCCGCCAGUACGGCUGUGUAUCCGAUCUCGGCCUUACAACCCUAAUGAACCCGGCGGCUCCUCUGUCUCGGGCCAUUGGGUACCGGGCCCCAGAAGUGGUUGACACCCGAAAAGCAUCGCAGGCCUCUGAUGUCUACAGCGUCGGUGUCCUACUCCUUGAGCUCCUCACCGGGAAGUCUCCUGUUCAGACCUCUGCAGGGGAAGAGGUGAUGCACUUGGUCCGCUGGGUGCAAUCCGUGGUCCGUGAGGAGUGGACGGCGGAAGUGUUUGAUGUGGAGCUGAUGAGGUAUCCGAACAUAGAGGAGGAGCUCGUGGAGAUGCUGCAGAUAGCUAUGGCUUGCGUGGUGAGGAUGCCAGAGCAGAGGCCGAAGAUGGCAAACAUUGUGAAGAUGAUCGAGGAUGUCAGGCGGGUUGACACUGGGAACCGCCCCUCCUCCGAAGCCAAAUCAGACGAAUCAAGUGGCCAAACACCACGAGUUCGAGCAGGCGAAUCCUCCACCCGACCCAAGAACCGGCCUUCCUCAGAAGUCAAAUCGGAUGUGUCAAGCGGCCAAACACCACCCGUCCUGGCAGGCGAAUCCUCCUCCCCACAAUGAGCCAAUGCUGGUGUAUCUCUCAUGUCUGUAUUUUAUUUUAUUUUUUAAUAUUUUAGUAUGUCGGCCUGUAUGGAUGCUCUAGGCAGCGUCAAUCUUCUUCUUCAUCCUCUGGUGAUUCGUGACAAGGUAUCCUUAUCGGCCGGCACACUAUGGACUGUCAGUCCUGGCAUCGUCUUGAUGCCAUACAAAAUCCGAAGGUUUGAUCUGAUAUCUCAUCCUUGUGAAAUCCGGCAUAUGUAUCAUUGGUAAUUUGUUUUGCUGUUGUUUUUUAUUUUAUUUUAUUUUUUUUC